UUCCCGGUGCAACGACGAGAUUAAGGGAAGCGACGACGCUGAUGCGAAUAUUUAAAAAUAAAUAAACGAAGAUUACCGAAAUAAACUGCGAGAGAGAGAGGAGUGGAAGAUCCAUACGCGUCAGCAGGGGAGGCAGGGAGAGCGGAUGAAAGAGAGCGCGGGAGCAACGAAUCGAAGACGCAAUUUGUGAAUAUUUUAAUCGUGCAUUCACACGAAGACGCCGAGGCUACCGACGAAGACUUCAGACGCACACACGAAGGCGAGGCAGCAAAGAGAGACACAGUGGGAGAGUGGGAGUGAGAGAGAGUGCCGCCUGCCAAAGAGUUGAUUGAAAGAGCAUCGCAGCGCAGCAGCAGAGGACAGACGCAGAAAGAAGCGUCACUUUCUGAUAAGAGCAGGCAAAACAAAGGAGACUCCCACAAUGUUUGCGCCCAACGGCAGCAGCAGUAUCAGCGGCAGUGCCAGCGCCAGCUUCAGCAGCGGCAGCAGCAGCAGUAGCAGCACUGGAACAGGCGCCACCUCCACCAACACCAACAGCACCAGUGUCAGUGGGAGUGGGUCCGCAGAGCGGGCCGAAGCGAACAACAACCACAAUCACAAUUUGAGCUUACAACUGAACGGUAACGGUAACGGUAACGGCAACGGCAACGGUAACGACAGCAACAAUCACAGUAGCGGCUGCAGCAGCAGCGUCAUUACCAACGGCAACAACAGCAACAACACACACACAAAUCUCAUCAGCGGCUUCUGCAGCAGCAUCUGGCGCUCAGCCACUUUCGGGAGUGCCACACCUGUGGUGGUCACUGCAGCACCUGCCUCUGCCUCUGUUUCUGCCUCAGGCUCAGGCUUGGGCUCUGCCUCUACCUCUGGCUCUGCCAUGAGCGACUGUUCCUCGUCCAGCCUGUCGGUUUCCCCCGAUGCCGCCUGCCUGGCUGAUGAUGAUCAGCGGCGGCAGCAGCAGCAGCAGCAGCUGCCGCUCCAGCAUUGUGAGGCCAUCAGCACAGACAGUUAUCCUGACCAGGAUUCGGACGCCGCUCAGCAGAUACAAACAUUCCUAGGCGCCACCGAACUGGACGAUGAGCUAAUCAAACAACUGCCAAAGGAGGUACUGCUGCGGGUCUUCUCCUAUCUGGAUGUGGUCUCGCUAUGCCGCUGUGCACAGGUGUGCAAAUACUGGAAUGUGCUCGCCCUGGACGGUUCCAGUUGGCAGAAAAUCAAUUUAUUUGAUUUUCAACGUGAUAUCGAGGGGCCGGUAAUUGAGAAUAUUUCGCAACGAUGUCGCGGUUUUCUCAAGUCCCUGUCGCUGCGUGGCUGUCAAUCGUUGGGAGAUCAGUCUGUAAGAACUCUAGCGAAUCACUGCCACAACAUCGAACAUCUGGAUCUGUCCGAGUGCAAGAAGAUAACGGAUAUAUCAACACAGUCCAUCAGCAGAUAUUGCACCAAACUAACGGCCAUCAAUUUGGACUCCUGCCCCAAUAUAACAGAUAAUAGCCUCAAAUAUCUAUCCGAUGGCUGCCCGAACCUAAUGGAGAUCAAUGUGUCGUGGUGUCAUCUGAUUUCUGAGAAUGGCGUGGAGGCGCUGGCCCGCGGCUGCGUUAAGCUGCGCAAAUUCAGCAGCAAAGGUUGUAAACAGAUCAACGACAAUGCCAUAAUGUGCCUGGCCAAAUACUGUCCCGAUAUAAUGGUGCUAAAUGUACACAGCUGUGAGACCAUAAGCGAUUCAUCUAUACGCCAAUUGGCCGCCAAGUGUCCCAAACUGCAAAAACUGUGCGUGUCCAAGUGUGCGGAUUUAACUGAUCUCUCGCUGAUGGCCCUGUCGCAGCACAAUCACCUGCUGAACACGCUGGAGGUGUCCGGGUGUCGCAACUUCACGGACAUUGGGUUUCAGGCCCUGGGACGCAACUGCAAGUAUCUGGAGCGCAUGGAUCUGGAGGAGUGCAAUCAAAUCACGGACCUAACGCUCGCCCAUCUUGCCACGGGCUGUCCCGGCCUAGAGAAAUUGACCCUGUCGCACUGCGAACUGAUCACGGACGAUGGCAUACGGCACCUGACCACUGGCAGCUGUGCCGCCGAGAUAUUGUCCGUUCUGGAGCUGGACAACUGUCCGCUGAUAACGGACCGAACGCUGGAGCAUUUGGUUUCGUGCCACAAUCUACAGCGCAUCGAACUAUUUGACUGUCAGCUCAUUACACGCACCGCCAUACGCAAGCUGAAGAACCAUUUACCAAAUAUCAAGGUGCAUGCAUACUUUGCUCCGGGCACACCGCCGGCGGUGACAAGCGGACAACGGCCGCGCUACUGUCGCUGCUGUGAGAUUCUCUGAGAUACGGCCAUCGGCUUUGCCAGGAAGAUAAUGCGCAAGGCAGCCACAGACUGAUGUUGGCCUGUUUGCAUCGUUAUGUUCGCCAUGGUGUUCAGCCUGACCCUCAUCUCGAUGAUCUGCAUGUUUUUGCUGGGACUGCUCGAUGGCGUUAAGAACACGUAACCGGAAACGUAACCGUAACCGGAACCGGAACCACAACCAUAACCAGCAGCACCGGCUAGCUCCGAACGAAGCGGAAACGAAACGAAAAGUAGCUUUAGAUUUUAGUUUUUUUUUUUUGCGAGUUUCCAAAACUUGCUCCAGCAUCAAAAAUUGUGAUUAUUUUAUUUAAUGUUCUCUGUAUGUUAACCUAGACCUUCAUUUGUGAGCGUGUAUUAGUAUUUUGUUUCAUAUCAAGCUCUGUGAAACCUUUUCUGUUUGUGCAUCUUAUACAUAGAUAUAUGUAUAUGUACAUAAUGGUAUAUACACACACACACGCACUCGAUAUGUGACCGCUUCUGUCGCACUCACUGGACUGGUCGUCCCGCUGAAUGUUCUGUGUCUAGCCUGUAACUGCGAUUAAUUACGAAUUAGUUGUAACAACUCUCAGUCACGCCCACAAAACUCAUACAUACCUGUAUUAAACGUUGCUAAAAAACAGAAAAAAAACAUACACGAAUCCAUCGGAAUGUGCGUGUCACUUGGAUUUUAGACAACUCUGAAACAUGUCGAUAGAACCAGAAAGCGUUCAACCCACACACGAAAUACACACAAUGCACCUACCCCACACAACCCAUACUCCCCACACACCUGAGGAAUCCCUUAAGCUUCAACUGAAUCCUUGGACGAAUAUUUAUUUAAUAUUAAUAUUAAUUUUAAACUCAAGUCUAGUGCCAGCUAAACUCCGUACAGCAAUUAGCGUUAUCCAUGUAUAUUUAUGUAUAUUACACAACGAACAAACUACUCAACUCACACGUGGGGCGGGGGGAACUAACUAUAUUCAUGCAAAACAAAACUAUAAUUAAUCUCAUUUACACACAAAAAACAAACAAAAAACGGCAACAACUAAAUGGAUCAUCGUUUCUAAAACAAAACCCAAACCAAACCAAACCAAUCAAAUCAUGCAAAACCCCCCACACACACGAUAAAUAAUUAAAUAAAUCAAUAUCCAUACACACAAAUACUAUAUAUUGAUGCAUACAUAUAUUUUGUAAAUGUAUUAGCCAUGCAAAAAUCUAUAAACGGGGCUGGAGUGCAAAAGCGAAGAGAAAGAACGUUAUCCCAAGGGGGCAAAGUACAUACAUACAUAGUUCACCAUUUGAGAUCUCUCUCUCUCUAUAAACUUAUAUUUCCCAUUUCGACACACCAACUAAAUGGUUUCCUUAACGCAACAGAACCUAUACAUAACAUAUAUCAACUAAACCCCCUUCAAAUGAAUGGAGAGAAGUGGAUGCUCGUGAAGUGGACAACCAAAUUGAAAGCGCUGGCGUGACAAUAAGCGGACAGGCCACAACAGAAGCUUAGGCCCCAAUCUACACUCCCCUCCUCUCAACGCACACAUACCAUACCAUAUAUUUUACUAGAAGAAAAAGCUAAAAAAAAAACCAUCAAAAUCAUAUUUACACAAAGAAAAAAAAAGAGAACAACAAAUAAAACAAAGAUUAAUGGCUAUAUUGGAGGCGUGUGCUGCGUAUUUUAACGAGUCUUUUCUCAGUGUCUCUUGUAGUGUGUUUUCAACUAUUGUAUUGUAUGUUUUAAAACAAUUAAACACCACUGAUAUGUCUUAGUUAGAGUUAGUGAUUGGAAACAGCCAUAGAAAUGGGAAUAAUUCAAGCAUAACGGUAAAGUGCAACAAAUUAGUUCCGUACCAAGAAAACAAAAAAUAUAAUAUAUAUAUAUAUAUAUUUAAACAGACACUAAUAAAUGUU